GCCACCGACGAGUAGCGACUUUUCCGCGUGUGCUGAACGAGCCAAAUCGAGAGGGAGUUCGUAGUGAAGAGAAAACUGGAGUUUUGUUUCUGCUUGAAGCGCGCAAAUUCUGAAAAUUGUUUCUUCGCUUAGAUCUGUCGAAUCGAAAUCGAUUUCUUUUCCGCAUUUUUGAAUUUCAUUAACUUCUCGAAGUUAAGGAACUCACAGAUCUGAAGGAAUGGCGCGGCGAUUGUCACUGCCCGCGUUUUGUGUAUUCAUUAUUUGCUUCUCUCUGCUGAACGAUCCUGUUUUCUGUAAAACCCUUAAACGAGAUGUUAAAGCAUUGAAUGAGAUAAAGGCUUCUCUUGGUUGGAGAGUGGUGUAUUCUUGGGUUGGAGAUGAUCCGUGUGGCGAUGGUGAUCUGCCGCCUUGGUCUGGUGUCACUUGUUCUACUCAAGGAGAUUAUCGAGUGGUUACUAAAUUGGAAGUUUAUGCGGUUUCCAUCGUCGGUCCUUUUCCCACUGCUGUAACCAAUCUCUUGGAUCUUACUAGGCUGGAUUUUCAUAACAACAAGCUGACUGGUCCAAUUCCUCCUCAAAUUGGACGGUUGAAGCGUCUUCAGAUACUUAACUUGAGAUGGAAUAAGCUGCAAGAUGUUAUACCUCCUGAAAUUGGUGAACUCAAGAGCUUAACUCAUUUAUAUUUGAGCUUCAAUAAUUUCAAGGGAGAAAUUCCAAGGGAGCUUGCUAGUCUUCCAGAGCUUCGCUAUCUACACCUACAAGAAAACCGUUUCAUUGGACGAAUUCCUCCUGAAUUGGGCACCCUGCAACAUCUUCGCCACUUGGAUGUUGGUAAGAAUCACUUGGUUGGUACCAUUAGGGAACUCAUACGUAUUGAUGGCUGCUUCCCAUCUCUUCGCAACUUGUAUCUUAAUGAUAAUUAUUUUACUGGAGGAGUUCCAGCUCAACUUGCAAACUUGACAAACUUGGAAAUCUUGUAUCUAUCACACAACAAGAUGUCCGGAAUAAUUCCCGCUGAAUUAGCACGCAUUCCAAGACUGACUUAUUUGUUCUUGGACUACAAUCAAUUUAGUGGAAGAAUUUCAGAUGGCUUCUACAAACAUCCAUUGUUAAAAGAGAUGUUCAUCGAGGGUAAUGCUUUUCGCCAAGGUGUUAAGCCAAUAGGCUUUCACAAAGUUCUUGAAGUUUCAGACGCAGAUUUCCUUGUUUAAACCACGCUUGUCCUUCUUUAUUCAAGUUGAAGCUUCAUUUUUAUGUUUAACCCAAAGGGUUAUUCCUAUUCUUGGAAUUAUGAAGAACAAAAGAA